CUCGUCGCGAGCUGCCAAGUUUCGGGAAGGAAAUGGCACCGUUCGCCGCCGACCCUACCGCGACCGCCAAGUACGCGUUCUUCAGCUGCGCCGCCGGCAUCGUGGCAGUCGCCUCCGCCUACGAGAAAGCUUCGUUGCUGUCCUUUUCGUCGGACGUCGUCUUGCAGCACCUCCUUGCGUCGAAGUGGAGUCUCUUGGUCCUGCUGAAUGUGUUUGGACUUAUCCUCGUGCGCUUCUUCCAGGUCAUUGUCCACUGCACGUUGGGACCUCUCGCCACCGCCGAGUGGAAGCAUCUACGUGAAUCGGCUUUUUCCUUUAUCCUCUUGCGGUGCAUCUUGCUCUUCAACGCUAUCGACUGGACUGUUCUCGACAACCGCCCCCUCCUGCAUCUCGUGCUGUGGAUGGCGCUGCUCACCGUGGUCCACAGCCUUUUCACCGCACUCCGCCGUCGCUUUGACACGCUUGGAUCGACGCCGUUGCAAGGAUUCUACACGACCUUGGUGGUGCUGCUACUGAGUCUAUUGGCCACGGCACGUCUCUCGCUCUACAUGUUUGCAUUCCCGAGCGUCCUAUGCGUCAUCUCUCUGUCGGAAUGCGCGAUCCUUUUGCUUCUGUGGCUCCAGCUCAGCCUCCAAUUGUACUUGGCCAACGCGUCCAACUCGUGGCAAGACGGCUGCACAGUUGCUGCCAUCUCGAUGACCGAGCGCAAAGCUUCGGUGGCGACGCUAUUGCUCAUGGCUUUGGACGUUCUGGCGUUGAUCGGCACUGCCUGUCAAUACGGGUGGUUGCGGACGCUGGAUGGCGAGUCGAUGUUUCGUGUAUCGUUUUUGGACUUUGUACUGAUGCUGCACGGCCGUCAAGCUAUUGCGACGGUGCAGCGGCAGUACAGGCAGUGGAAGCGGCUGCAGCUCAUCCUACUGGCGUGCGAUUCCACAUUUGAAACGGUAUCCCAUUCCCACGAAGCCGACGUGCAGUGCGUGAUUUGCCUGCAUCGCCUUACGAUGGCGACAAAGCUGCCCUGUGGCCACAGCUUCCAUCGCCACUGUUUGCGCCAGUGCUUGCAGACGGAUCAAGCAGCACCGCACAAGUGCGCCGUGUGUCGACAGCCGAUCUCGCUUUCUCAAAAAUUUGACAGCGCUCGUACGAGCGCUGGAGGCAACGUCUCGAUGCUGUCGACGUCCGGAUCGUUUUUGUGGCCCGUGCAGAGCCCCAUGGCCCACCGCCACUCCCGCGCCAGUUGAAGUGUCACGUGUGGCACACCCCAUGCAGCCGUCGGGGCCACAUUCCUCCAUUGUCCGAGCGGCUCAACUGAAUCCCAAACACGAACCGUGCUACUAGGACCGCAUGCACCGUCCUCUCCCUUGAACGUCAACACAUUUCAAAACCCGAUCGAUCGGGAUGUUCCUCUUCGUCCAGCUACCGGUGCUUCGAACUCCAAGAAUUCACGUGAUCUUCCAAUUUCAACUAUCGUUUUCCACGACCCUAGCAGCACUGCAUCGC